AUGGUGGUAGAGUGGCUCUGUCCUGGACUUAGGCCGGCCGGAAGCCGUAGGCCCCGUCUUCUUCACUGCAAGGUGAUACUUCUCGACGAGCACGAACUGUUACAAGAUGUCUUGAGCUCGAACCUCGGACAGGAACUGCUGGACAGAGUGUUCAGGCACCUGAAUUUAUUGGAAACCGCUUACUUCGGGCUACGUUACCUGGAUCACGGCAAUCAAACGCAAUGGCUCGAUCCGAGCAAGAAGAUCGGGAAGCAACUGAAAGUCCUAAAAGGAGAUCCAACGUCGGAUGUCCACACCCUUUAUUUCGGUGUGAAAUUCUACGCCGCGGAUCCGUGCAAGCUCAUCGAAGAGAUUACAAGGUACCAAUUUUUCCUGCAGGUGAAGCAGGACAUUUUGCAAGGAAGACUUCCGGUCUCGUUCGACCUCGCCGCAGAAUUGGGUGCCUAUGUCGUCCAAUCGGAACUCGGGGAUUACGAUCCAAGACGACAUUCCGUGGGCUACGUCACCGAAUUUCGAUUCUUGGCGAAUCAGACCACGGAACUGGAGAACCGUAUAGUGGAACUUCAUAAAACUCUCGUAGGACAAUUACCUUCCGCGGCGGAGCUGAAUUAUCUGGACAAGGUGAAAUGGCUGGAAAUGUACGGGGUCGAUUUGCAUCCUGUGUUGGGCGAGGAUAGCGUGGAGUAUUUUCUGGGCCUUACACCGAGCGGUAUUAUUCUGUUGCGCAACAAGACCAAAGUGGGAAAUUACUAUUGGCCUCGAAUCAAUAAGAUCUAUUAUAAGGGCAGAUACUUCAUGCUCCGAGUGAGCGAGAAGAAUUCCGAGGAGAGGACGCACGGUUUCGAGACUCCCUCCAAAGGUGCCUGCAGACAUCUGUGGAAAUGUUGCCUGGAACACCAGGCGUUUUUCCGAUUGAUGGCCACCGGGCCACCGCCUCUCAGUCCUUACUCCCGUUUCCGCUCGUACAGCCCUCCGUCUGGAUCCGAGAAGCACACGGUGAUCAGACGGAAUCCUCCGCCAGUUUUCCAGAGGACACCCAGCCGAAGAGCUCAAAGACGCGUCGUCGAGGGCCAAGAGAUGGUCGGCCCGUUCGUCGAAACACCUGCCACGGUGAACUCGAAUCCGAGCAGCAAUCCGGCCAGCAGCAACGUUUUGUGCAAUACUCAGAACGCGAGACAGGUGAACAACUCGAGUCCAAGGAGCACCAGGAGCGCACCGUGGACUCAGAGCCAACCUCGAGGCCUUUAUACCUCGUCUAGUCCUCGGUCCGUUCGCUCCGCGGGAACGGCACCGGCACUCUUGAGCAGACUCCAACGACGGAGCAGCUCUGUGGAGAGCCAAAGUUCAGGGGACAGUCAUAGCCGUGGUGGUCAUCGUAGAAGGAGUCAUAGUCAUAGUCAUCGAAGACACAGUCGCCACUCUGAUUGUGAGUCCGAGCUUUCGAGAGGCUCGGAUACCAGGUCGGGCCAUCGUAAGCAUCGCAGAAAGCACAGGAGUACCCGUUCAUCCAGACACGAAUUGGUCGAUUCUGAGCCGCAAUGGAGGGAAGCGCAGAAGAGGAAGGGCGAAGGAGUUCAACGGGCUGUUGUGAGCCACACAGAGCCAAGAAGAAGGCACAGGAGUAGACAUCGGAGUCCUUCACAAAAGCAACCGCUGCCAGACGAGCUUAGGAAACACUUGGAGUUUGGGCUAGUCGAUACCACUGGAAUGAGCGAACAGCAACGACGAGAGAUACCAUAUACGGUGGUUCAAUCGCAAUCUGUACAGCAAUGUACCCUACAGUCUAGCAAUUCUCGAUUGGACGACGCAGACUCGUCGUCCCUACCUAGAACGAUCGGAUCCAUUGGCAAAAGAAACAGAAGAAUGAUACAACAUUGUCGCGACGGAAGUUAUAAUUUGCCACCAACCAGGCCGAGUCAAGUCGAGACUAAGUACUACGAUGGUAGUAGGAGCGAGUGCAAUAUGAAGAAGGACUUUUAUUAUAUUCGUAACAGCAGAAUAUUGAUAGGAAGUAACGUGGACAGUGGGCUCGGGGAAAGUACACCGCAGGAAUUUUCAAGUUGCUGCUCAAGCUCUGCCGACAGCGCUAAGCCUACUCGUGUACCGCAAAUGCAAUUAGGGGGAGAGGUACGCUAUGAACUGUCUUCAAAUCAAGAAACCUACCCUCCUGUUGAUACUACUCUGGAUGCUGUUCUUCAGCCCAUUAUAUCAACUUUAACAAGGAGACAACGGAACCGCCCGAAAUGA